AUGAGUAAUAACUCUGACUCAACACCCAAGAAAAUAUCAAACUUGAAAAAUGUUGUGUUGCUAUUGGACUGUGAUGUGCGAAAAGAAAACGGUGAAGUCUACCUACCGGACGGUACAGAAAUGGCUCGAUUAAAGAAGCCCGAACGAGAGCAAUUUAAAAAGAAUAUUAAGUUCACCAGGACCAUGACAGAAAAGAAUGUGGAGGAAGAGCUCCGCUGCCAAUUCCCGAUUUUAAGAAAUUAUGGAAGGUAAAUUGUAAUGGACUGUCAGAUAUUUAUGCAGCUUAAUGGUUCCGAGGCGGGAAUGGGGUAUGAACGGAAAAUUGGUAUUGGAUCAACUAGUAAUCCCCUUAUUGACAUUUUUGCUCAUUCUUAUCACAUGUCUGGUUGAAAUUGUACUGAUCACAAUAUUGUCUAGAGAAAUUCUGUCUUGGUCACCCAUGGGAGUUAAGGAAAUUAAGGAACCAUACAGCAAGAAGAAGGGAUAGAUUUGUGGGAAAUUCUCCCAGAUUAUUUAGAUCCUUCCAAAUAUGAAUCUGGAGAAAUCCAUUUAUCCUUUGAAAUAAUGGACAAACAGAUUUUUUACAAAUUUUAAUGCGGUUCCUGUUUUCAUUGUUAUUUAAAGUAACAAGUAUUUAAGAUAUCACAGACAGAAAAAAUUAUUUUCUUUCAAUUUCCUGAAAAUUUAAUGUUAUAUUUAUUAAAAAAAGAUGUAUCAACUCCUGAAAAUUCUAUUUUUGUAUCUUUAUUACCUUAAGAGAUAUAAAACAAAAGGUAAUUUGAGGGUAGAACGGAAGGCAUGAGAUUGAUGACACUUCAUGUCAACUUUUUCUGGUCACUUAAUUAAUAAUUUCAAAGCCACUGUAGAUUUUCAAGGCACUGUACAGUUUCACACAGUCCCAAAAUUUCUAGUCUAAUGGUAUUAGUUCUUUCCAGAAGAUGGAGAGAUUGUUUUUGUAAUUCAAUUGUUGUUUUCAAGCUGUUAACGUUUCCAAAAGCUACAAGUCCUCUUCGCCGUUUUGGCAAGCAAAACAGCCAUAAAUGGCUUUCUUCAAUGUAAUUGGUUAACAGCCUUUACAGGCAUGACAUGGAAGCCCAUUUCUGUGAACAAAUACAGAUGCCUUGAAAAAUUUCAAGUCACUUUUCUUGUUUAGUGUUUUGGCUCGAGUUCUAGACUUUGGAGAGUUUAUUUUUGGCUGGUGUUUGGUCAGUUUUUGUGAAAUUUGGUGAUAAUGUUGGAAAUAUAUUGAAUCCCCAAAGGGUCUUCCGAAUUUUUUAAUAUCUCCUUAUUUCUUGAGACGCAGCAUCCACAUUGAAAACUUUUCUCAAAAGUGUUACUUUGAAGUUAAAAAAAUUGGGGCAUUGAAACACGAAUCCCAGACACCCCAAUAUGUACAGAUCAAUAUGUGUAUAUGAUAAUACAUGCCUAUUUUUUAAUAGGUGUUAAGCAUUAUCAGGUUAGAAAAUCUGUACUGAGUCACUGAAAAACCCAUUAUUGUUUUUUUUUUCAUUCAGGAGAGGGGGGAGAGGGCAGGUUUCUGCACAGUCCCUGUUUGUUAGUAGUAUGUUAAUGUUCAAAUUAAGUCUAGCAGUUCAAUAUCCAUAGCAGCUUACACUGAUGGAGUGGUGCCCUGUACUAACUUCAACCUACUAUUGUAUAAUUGAUGUUUUUUUUCUGAUUUUAGUUUUUCUUAUGAAUGUAUUUAUCAUAACCACAAAUUUUUAGAUUAAGCUGUGCCUCAGCUGCAAAUCGUGGAACAAGACUGGAGUUCCACUACAGCCCAAGAACAGUGUGGGAUGGAACCAAGAUUAACAAGCAUAUUAGGGGGAAUUCUGCCCUUUAUGUACUCUUUGAGGUUUGAAUUAAAAAAUGCUUUGCUCUAUAGCUCGCUGUGCAUAUAUAUAUAGAUUUUCUGAGUGAUUCUAUGAUAUUUUUUACAUGAUAGAAUAUUAUGGUAUUUCUUUUAAUGGUAUAUUAGAAUUAGCUUAAAAGUCUGCUCUCAAGUCAGGGCCAUAAGCAUUAAAUAGAAAGGAGUAGUAGUACUCCCUCAGCUUGAGGAGCUAGUUCCUUGCAGGUUCUGCCCAAUCAUACUUCUUUCAAAAGAAACUUUUAGUUUUAAUAUAUUGGUGCAGAAAUCUCCUCCCUAUUUAAUGUGACAACUAAACCAGAAAUUUUAGUUUUCAGAAGGAUAAGUUUUUCUGAGUGAUUCUAGAAAACAUUCUUAUACAACACUGGUUUGGGGGAUAUCUUGGAAUUUUAUGGAAAGGCUGAGAGUUACUGGUGUUUUCAAAUUUUAAAGUUAACAGCUCUAAGGAGAGGUAAACUAUUGAGGCCAGAUAAAAGUUAUAUAAUUAGGUAAUUGCACAGAUUUGUUAGUUUAUCAAGGUUAUAUAUUUUCAUUCUGACUAGAGAACUCCUGAAUCAGUCCAUGAAAGACCAGAGUCUCCACCAGUUGAUAGUUCUCUACAACAACUGCAGACACCCACGCCUAAACCAAUGGGUAAGCUCAAAUACAUGUACAUGUGUAUGUAGACUACAAAAUGGCUGUAAUUAUUAUUAUUCAAUUAUUACACUGUUUUACAAGAUAAAGGCAAUUAUAAAUUAAACAAGCAAAAUGUGUUAGAACAUUACACACUAUAUAAAUUUUCAAAAAAGUGCGCGAUAAAAGGGCUGCACAUAUCAAUCCAAACUUUGAUUUUCUCCAUUUUUUAUAUGUUGCUAUAAUUUAAUCUCUGAAGUAACAAAGUUUAAAGUGGAGAGGAUUUUAAUCGAUGGACACAAGGAACACUUCAGGGUACCUCAUAAAAUCAAUGAGCUGCUCGAAUCACUAUGAGAAGUAUUUUUGAAAACCAAAUGCUGAAAUACUGGAAAAUUAGAUAGUAGUGGGAAAAUAAAUCCCUUAUACAUGGUUUAAAUUAAAAUUCAAGCUGACAUUUUGCUCAUUGCUUGUAUUUUUCCUCUCCCCAACAGGGCUUGAAAACAAACUAUGUAACUUGCAAAAUUUCAGUGUCUAAAAUACCUGAAAUCAUUGAUCUUCAAAUAUAUAAUUCCACAACUACUCCAUUUUACCAUAUAAGGGCAUCUGAAUGCAUGAAAUAUGCCUCUGACUGUAUUACACCAUAGAACAGGGCAAAAAUAUAGAUGAAAGCAGACCAACAAAAUAAUCACUCAUAACUAUAUAUUAAAACAUUUUUUUGUCAUAAUAAGAACAUUGCUGAUAUAUAUGCAUUAUGGUUUGGUGUUGUUUUAUUUGUCUUUUGCACGUGCCAGAUGCAACUACAGUUGAACCGUUGUUUUCUGGACUGGGUUCAAUGGUACUGAUAAGCAAGAGUUCAGAUAAUCAAAUAUGAAUAUUAUUGACAGAGGCAAAAAAUAAAACUGAAUAUGUAUCAUUUUAUCAAUAUUACACUUCAAGAAGUUAUAAACAUUCUCAACUCAUUUCAUGCCAUUGUUUACAAAUGCUAAAAGUAUUCCAAAAGGGUUAAAGGUUGACAACAAUGAACAAUAGCUAAAAAUUGCUAACAGAAAUAAAUCAGUUUCUUUCAAGCUGUCACAAUGUGGGUGUGUAAUUGCUACCGGUCAUUCUAUAAUGGAAUAGUGUCAACAUUGUUUCAUUACAUUCUGCUUUAUUUCAUGGGAAAAAGUCAUAUGUUAUGGAUCUUGAAUGUGACUACUUAAUAUUCCUGAAAAAAUUGGGACCAAAGAAGUGCAUCAGAGUCUGAGUAAUCGAGAUCCGGCUGUAGUCCUAUUCUGAGAUAAUCCUCCCCUAUAAUGAAUGAAGGAUUUAAUUCAAAAGCAAGUAACCUGCAAAACACUAGAAAUUGGCUGAACAAUUAGGGGAAUCAUUAUGAUAAAUCUGAUCCCAUUGUUAGUGAUUUUGGUCAUCAUGCAGAUUAUUAAAAGGAGAAGUUUAAAUCUUGAAGAUGAAAUUGGGUUUCAGAAUAUAUACUGUAGCUUCUUGUUGAAAGAAUUCUCCUUCUUGUUUGUAGAUUCAACUCUGCCAUGUUCAAGUAACCUUCAAAGAUUGAAAAGAAAGCAUGAUUCCAGCUCUUCAUGUGUACUAGAGGUAGUUCAAAAUACUGGGGCAAGUGUGAAGAAGCAAGGUAAACAAAAUAAAAAAUUAAUCUGUGAAAUAUUUGCUCCUUCUGCUGAAAAUACUGGGAAAAAAUUAAGAAAUAGCAUAGAUAUCUAAUGCAUUAAAAAGGUACCUCUCUCUGAUUAAAUGUUUUCAGUUUGGAUGAUUUAAAGCAUGUAGCAUUUACUACUUUAACUACUGCUUGCUUGUGAUGACAAAUUUUUUUAACUACUUUCAUCCAUUAAAAAUAAAUGACAGUCCAUGUCUGUAGUAGUGACUCCAGGAUUGGAAAGUGAUUCAUUACUAAUGUUCCUGCAAUACUUAAAUUCAUAGUGAACUGCUAAAAAAGUUUGAAAAAAAAAUUAAAGAACAAUAAAAAUUUUUCCUUAAAAAAGGCUAUAUAAGGUUAUUAACCCUCUGUAAAUUUUCUUUGAGGAAUGUUUACAUUUUGUUUGAAAAAAAAACUUUGUUAAUAGUACUGGAGGCUACAAGUUGCCCUAAAGGUAGCAAAGAAGGAGGGCAGCAAUCUCAUCAGGAGCAAGGAGAUCACAGUGCCGGCCCAACCACAGGCCUACUUUUCAAUUCAGGUACUAUUCAACAAACACAAAACCCACAAAUUGGUGAGUUUAGUGAAAACUUACCUAAAAGUGGUGGGGAAGGAGUUAAGAUUGUGGUUAGCCACCGGUUGGGUGGAAGGAACACAAAGCAAAAAAAAUUAGCCAAGCAAAUCGAGUAAACUGAGCUUUUAAUGGGAAUUCCAACCUCUGCAUUAUUUGUUUUUAACCAUGCCUAAAUUUUACUCGUUUUCAUGAGGAACAAAAUGAUUUUCUGAUUUCCCCUACAAUGAAUAAAUUAACCAGUUUGGUACAACUAUGUCAAAAAUUUACUGCUUAAUUCACUUCUUUUUAAUAAUCAAAGAUGUUUUAAGUUCAGGAAAUUACAACUUCACAGACUCUUUGAUAGACUCUUUCUUGUCUGUAACACCUAACAUCCAGGUUUGAAACAAAGUUCUGGGGAAGAUCACUCUAAGGACUCCCAAGAAGUUAUUAAGGUACUUUUGAUGAUGAUUUCAGUUGUUGUUUAUUUUAUCAGUGUAUGUGCAGGUAUUAGCAUGAAUUCAAGCGCAAUUUGGAAAAAAGCAAGCUUGAAUCAUUUUUGUUAAGACCUAAAAAAUUGCUCAAGUCUUUUUGACUAUAAACAAGACAGAAGAUGGUGGUUUAAAAUACCUGAUCUAUAGAUUCUACUUUAUCGACACAUUGUUUCCAGCAAUUAUUAAAUGAAGAUAAAAUUCAUGAAAGAACUGCAUAUUAAACUUUUUUUCUUUAAAGGGAGUGGUAGAAUCAUCACACUACAGUAAUUUCUGUUCUUAAAGUUCUACGAAUAUAAAUUCUCCUCUGCCAUUCUACAAAAUAUGUCUCUCAGACUUUGCAACAUUAUCCAAGUUUACUCCAAUCUGCAUGCCUGUAUACUUUUACGAAAUGUAAAAUCUUUUUUCAAUCACUUGUCUGCUUGUUAUUUAAUUGAUACUGUAAGGAGAAGUUUAGGCUUGGUCACUGAUGGCAGUUUCAAAGGGUAUAGAUAUAAGUAUAUGUUUUACUCUCUCCCUGCCAAUUGGAAACAAAUAGUAUCAAGCGCAAUGAAGGAUCUGUAUGCCUGACACUCAGCAUUCUAAAACUAUGAUGGCAUUAAAUCCCUGCCAAAAUUCAAAUGUUAGAAGCAGUGGGCAGCCAUAAUAUGUGAUUUUUACGCUGCAAUCAACCUUGAAGAUGGAGCACCAUGUAGCAAUUGCUCUGGGAUGCCACAUGGUGCUGCAUAUGCUGCAUCAUACUCAAAAUACUUCUAUUACUCAAAAUACAUUUAGCAUGACUCCCAAUGUUUAUGUUCAAACUGAAUAUUUAGGUUCAAGUACUACUCAAUUUGUACAUCCAUGUUAAGUAAUUCUGUUGUUCCCCUUACAACACAUCAUGCCAUGUACACUAGCAAAGCAUGCUGGUUAGGCUUGCAGUGAGCUUGUAUGACUUUUGGUAGGUGUGACUGAGUCAGCUAAGUGUGAAGUUCAAAUCAAAGCUUGAAUUUUUAAUUCAAUACUCAAAAUUUGAGCAAAGAAUUUUAAUUAAUGCCCAUGGACAUCUUGAAUGUUCAAAUGAAGAAUUGAAUGUUGGUGCAAAGACUUAAUUGCUGAAACAAAUAGUUGAGUUUUGAAGAAAAAAAUUAAUGUUUGAACUUGGAUUGAUUUCAAUAAGGUAUGAGUUUAAGGCAAAGAGGGGCUUUUGUUCUGAAAAGUUCAUUUUUAAAUUGUUAACAUUAUGUUUAACAGAAAAAAUGAAUGAUGAAAAUAAAACUUGAAAAUUAUGUUGAAAAUAAUAGUUGAAUGUUGAAAAUAAAUCAAAUGUCUGGCCAUAUUCAGGUUCUUGUUUAGCAAGUCAUUUUGUACGGGUAGUUCCUGUGUAAUUUUUUUGUUGCAUGUAUUAAUAGUAGUUUACUUUUGUGCUUUCUCUGUACUUACAGGUUAGGAGAUCUGUUGACAAUAAUAGCUCCUUGGACUCUGCGUAUGAAUCCACUUCUGGGGAUGCAUCUGGUGUUGAUGACAACACUGAGCAUUCAAUAGGUAAAAUGUAGUUAAUGGCUGUUGUUGUAGCGGUAUCAAUUUCAUUUGAAUACCUGUCAUUGCUCAAUUUAAGAAAAAAGGGGUAAAUGACAACUUAGGGAGGAAAAAUUGAUCUCAGAUCUGUUCAGUACCAAUUUUCCUAGAAAAAUCAUCAUAAUUAUGACAACAAAAGCUCCAAAUUGUUAAGCAGAAAGUCCUAAAUGUCAUCUUGUACUAAAUUGUUACUAACUGAAAUCCAACUAUGGAAGUGACCCUCACAGUUUUGAACACUACUUAAGUCGUGUGAUGAAUAAUUCUUUGAAAUUUAUAAAUAGAAGCUUUUAGAAAUCACCAGAAUAUUUACUCAUGCUGACAUGCUGUUACAAUAAAUUUAAGGGCCAGUGGUUUAUCUGCAAAUUAGACUUCAGUCCCCUUGCAUCUGCCAUAUAUUGAAAUUUUGGCGCGUAAAGAACAGUAAUGUUAUGCAGUUUGUUGUGCUAUGAUCAUUUCUUUGCUGCAUCUCGUGUACUCCUUCUAUCAAAACCACCAGGUACAUUUUGCAUUGUCUUUUGCUGUUUGAUGUUUCCUUUGUGAUUGUAAUUAUUGUUGUCAGUAGUUGGCUGUGGUGUGAUUUAAUUUAAUCAUGUUUCAGAAACCAAUGGUUAUGAAUAAAUUUAACCAUUUUGAAAUUUGACGGUGCAUUUGCUACACAUGUAUAUCAUGGAACAUUGUAGAACAUUUCAUCAAGUCAUGCAUAUAUCAUGUAAUAAGUACCCUGGAAGGUUUCAGAACACUUUGUGAAAAUAUAUAAAGACUCACUUAUGUAGUGGUAAGAGUUGUUGUUGUUUUUGGGAGUGACUGACUGUUUAGAAAGCUUUCUAAACAGUCAGUCACUCCCAAAAACAACAACAAAUAUCAUGAGAGAGAACUAUUAAGUCUGAGGAAGAUUGCUAAUUCAAGAAGCGUUGGAGGAAACUGUGAAAAAAACUGGUGGGCUUAAUUAAGUUUAUUAGCAAUAAGGAUUGUACUGCUUCUUGGAGUCGCUCCUAAUGUUAAGAACAUUAAUUACGUGCUGUGUACUAAUAAAAGUAGUUGAGUUUGUGGGAUUGUAAAGUUAUUCUGUUGUUUAGAUUAUACCAUAACAGUAGUAUUUAAAUGAGGCCUGAAAAAAAUUGAGUCCUGUACAGGAUUUGAAACCAUGACCUCUGCGACACUUGCACCAGUAUCACAGAGGGUAUGGGUCAUGGGCUAAAAUCCCACACAGGCCUUAAAUUUUUUCCGGCCUCAUUUUCAUUUCUACUUAUAAAGUAGUGUUCAUAACUGUGAGUAAUUAAAGCAUGAUAUGACUGGUGCCUUCUAUGCAGACUACAGUAAGAUUGGAGUUUUUUCAUUGUUACUUUUGCUUUUUUUAAGGUUAUUGAUUGUAUCAUGUUGUUUACUUUUAUUUGUCAGAUAGUACCCUUCCUUUUUGAAGAUUAAUUGACUAAAGCUGCUCUUUAAAUAUUUUAUCUAAUGAGUACUUGAUGAUGAUAGCUGGUGUACAUUCUUAAAUGGUGUUUCUUGCUUUGUGCAUUACUUAGGAAAAACUGAGGAAGCAGCUAGUAGUCACAUUAGAGAUCUUGUAGAUUAUUUGAAAGAUUCUCAAAUAGAGUAAGUCAAAUUUCUUUUUGUUUCUUGCUUCUCAAAGGAAUCAAACUUAAUUGUACAGCUGUUAUGUACAGAUCAAUAUGAAACCUCAACAUCUUCCCCCUUAUGGGCAACCCACAGACUUUUUACUGUCUUCAGUGCCCAGAGGGUGGUGGAUUUGAACAUAAUAAGUUGCACAGCUGGGAUGAGGAAUUUGAGCCAGAAGUGUCAAGUCUUUCUAGCUGAAUUAAGUGUUAUUGCUUGAAAUAUGGAGAUGGUUUUAUAGGCAAAUAGUUCACUUUUGAGAAUAAAUGGCAAGGAAGAUAAAGGUCUUUAAGGAGUAAUUUUAAAUCUUGGUUAAUGUGCUGAAGGUCCUUGUUGCUGCAUGAUUUUGCCUUUUACCAAAAAAGUGGGGUGGGUCAUUUGAACACUUCUUUUGCCCAGGGGGUUGGGAAUUUGAAACAAUCUUCAAGAGUUAAAAUGCCUAAGGUAUUACUUAAUGGGGAUUUUGAAGCUUCAAACCAAUUGAUGCAUCACAACCAAACCUUUUGUAUCAAUGACAUGAAGCCUCAAAAAUUAUCUAUGCUAAAAUUGGACAUAUUGAACUGUUCACAAAUGUAAAACAAAUUGUCAUGUUAUCAAUUUAACAUAAAAAUAAUUAUGGGGUAUAAGAGAUCAAUUUUGUUUACCUGACUGCACCAAAAAUAUAUAUACAGUGCAACCUUUAUUGUUUAUCCUAACCCUUGAUUACUAUUUGAGAUAUUUUAAAAGCCAAAUCUUGACAUCAUGCUUCGCAUCAUGCUUUUGAAUUGAUCACAUGCAACCCUGUGCAAGUAUUGGUGGUAACUGUAGAGAACGUUAAUUAAACCAGUACUGCCUUUUUUGGUUGAAAAUUUGCUGAAACUGUUGAUCUGCAUAAAUUACCUGUAGCCCCACAGAAGGAUCAAGCUUGGAUGGUAAGCUAAAAAUCUUUUUAUUUAUUAAUUUUUAAAUGCAACCAUGUGCAAUGUGUUUCACAUCGCCUAAUAAUUGUGUCUAUACUGUUUACCUGAAAGUCACCAUCAUUUCUGUAAACUGCACAAUUUCAGAGCAAUAUUUUCCUUUAAAAGUAACACAUUAGCAUAUUCAGAAAUUUUAGCCAGGGAAUCAAGUUUUAAAAUUAUUGAUGAUUAUUCUGAAAAAAGUGCUUUUUUCCUAAAGAAAAUUAUUGUAGACAAGCAAUAGAAUGUUUUCAUAUUUAGUAAGUACUCUUCAUGGUUUGCCUCUAAUUUUGGUUGCUGUAUAGCCCCUUGGGUGUACUUAAAGAAAAGGUUUUACCUUAAAAGAGCAGAUUAUAAGAACAAUUUAUGGGCAAAAGAAAACUUUUGCAUUUCUUAACUUCUGAAGUUACCCUACCUAAGUUAAUUACCUGCUUUUAUAGAGUGCUAGCUUGCUUGUCAUACAAUUCUCAGGAGCUUUUGCAUUCUGUUGAUGGAAUUUCUUAUGGGUUAUGGGAAAUUUAAAAAGUCAUUAAGGGGAUCAAAGUUGCUCAACCAGCUCUGCACCAGAUAUUGUCUAAAUUCUUAUCAAUACAAUAUACAGAGCUUAAAGGUUAUUUAUAAGCUAAUUGUAUGGCACAACUUUCUUUUUUUAUUUGAUCAUUUCAUAGAAAUCAGUUUACACAGGGUUGCCACUGGUGAUCAGGUAUGGUAAAUGUUUAAGCUAAAUUUCUUAUCAAUUAUGUGAUAUUUACAUAUGACUUAGAAGUAGAGUUCAGUUUUUAAGCCUGUAAUCAUAGACAUAUUACUUCAGAAGAGUGAUUAUAUUAUUAUGCUUAUCAUUGUACCAUUUUCUUUUUAUCUUGUUUCCUGAACAGAUUUGCUUGUCUGAUAGAGAAUUGAACGAGAUCUAUCAAGACCUGGGAAUCCCCUUGCCGGGUAGUUAUUGUUAUCUUUUGUUUCUGUAAUAAGCCAUAAAAUGAAAAGAACAUGAUGUUUGUAAAUCUCUGUUAUCUCAACUUGAUGGCUCAAAGGAAGAGUAAUAAUUGAUUUGGAGGCUAAAGCAGACGGAUCCUAAGCUUGGAGGCUUUAUCUUUUUCUUAAAAUUCCCCUCUAUAUCAGUGUUUGUGCUCCCCUCACACCCCCAAAACAAUUGUAAGGUUAACUCAUUUCCAUUUAACCUGUCGCCUGUGGCUGGAUUAAGUGAACAUUGUGUGUCAGGGAAGGGGAUCAUGUUGAAUCAACCAGAAAUUUAUCCCUCCUGUUCAGUGCCCCAAAUAUUUUGGCUCUACCAAAAGUUAUUAAAUUCAUGUUAGCUAGUAAUGUGAUAUUAGUGUUUCUUUUUUUUUUUUUAUCAGCAUUCAAGGUGACGAAAAUUUAUAUUUCCUUUAACUUAUUUCUCUUCCUUGCAUGAUUGCAGUGGAACAAAAAAUUAUCCCCAAAGAAGGCCCCGUUACGGUAUUUGUCAUUUUUUUUCUCAUAAUUUUUUAAAUUCAUAACUAAGAAAAAAUAAGAAUUUGACUCGCCAGUUGCUUAGGCAGAAAAGGCAAGGAUCCUAAAGAAGACCUGGUAACUAAAGUGCAUACUUGCUUUCAAAGAAAGAAUCACCUACAAUGACUUAAAUUUCCUUGCUGUGAUUUGAAAUAAGCUAGUGAAAAUAGCCUUUACAUACACCUUUGGACUCUUUUCGUGGCUCGCAGUAGGCAAUUGAAACUUUUUUUCCGACACAUCACGGUAUUCUGCUUUUUUUUUCGAUUGUUCACCCUACUUAUUUUUCGUAUUAUGUUGAUCUUUAUCGCUGAAUAGGGUGGUACAGAGUUUGUUAUUUUCGUCAAUGUGAAUGGUAUUCCAGAAAAUCUCUCAUCAUUGAGGGCUAUAUUCAAGGGGGUUGGAGUUGCAGACUUGACACCAUUUAUUGAAAGUGCCUACACUGGGCUUAGUCCAGGUAUGUUGAUUUAUAAUGGUAAUGGGAUUGAGUGGAGUUCAAUUCAGUCUGUAAUCAUAUGAAAGAUUACGAAAAUUGGACGACCGCGAAGCAGGAGACCAACUUGUUAAUUACGAAGUUCUGUUACCAAUUAAUCAAAACUAUGAAAAAAAUUGAGAAAGAAACUAGACAUCGAUUGUUCGUUUUCAGUAAAAGAAACAGUUCACUCGUCGAAAUGCGAGACAACAACGCGCGCACAUGACGCGUUCUGCCCAUUUUACACAGACAUGACGUGUUUCAUGUCCCUUUAACUGUCCUAUUACACUGUCCAAUUACAAGUGUGACACGUACAAUGUCUUAUAGUGCUCAAAUCGGGCUGGUGAUAGCCAAUCACAUUCAAGAAUUUUGUUAUAGUUUUGAUUAUAUCUGAAAUUUGUGUUACAUUUUGGUGUCAGAGUACAUCAGCAGGCUACCGUAAUUUCCGGCCGUUUACCCGCGGAUAAUCUGUUAAUUUUGCAUUAAACGCGCGCCACUGCGGGUAGUAGGGAGGUGCUGGUUAUGUGACAAUUUUAAAAUCUACUAGUAGUUAAAUUGAAAAGAAUUAUCACCAACAUGCGUUUCCACCUCUCAAUUGAUUUUUAUUGUAUUAAGAGUGCCACAAAGCGGCACGAAACAUGAUGCCGACUCAAGUUUAUUUCACGCAUAAUUAGUUGCGUGACGAACAAAUUGCUAUCGGCACGCGUGAAAACAAAACGUUGAUGGUGACAAAAAUAAUCCAAAGAUAUCCGGCGCAUCAGUAACAAAUUUCCAUUUAACACUAGCUUGAGCUAAAGAGAAUUUUCCGGUUUCAAAGGACUUGUUAGGCCCAAUAGAACCAGAGAUAUCUAUUUUUUUCAGAAAUCGCCGACAGUACUUUACAGUUCAAGUUUUAACACUCACCCUGCUUUCUUUCAACAAAUCAACAUGACGCUGAACGAUCGCUCGCACAAAAUGUGCCCACAAAUUCGUAUUUUGUCAAGUUUGAAACGUUGAGAUUUGGGCAUGGGCUGCUAGUGUCUUUACUGUAUAAUUUUAUCAAUAAAAUUCAUGCUAACAUUGACACAGAAUUGUGCACGCGUCUGAAUUUCUUUGACCUUUAGACUCGACAAAGACGCUUUCAAGUUUUCGAAAGUCAGAUCAGACAACUUUUAAAAGACUGAAAUGUAUCACCUUAAUGUUGAAAUAAUAAAGUUGAAUGACAUAACGUGCGGGUUAUCCACCAGUGCGGGUAAUCGGCCGUGCGGGUAAACGGCCGGAAAUUCAAAAUUGUGCCUGAUGAAAGCCAAUGUUGUAAUUAGAGGGACAAAGCAUCAUUAUCAGUAAUCCUUUUCGCAUACAGCUCUUUCAAGAAAGAUGAUCAAAAAAGGGACAAAAGUUCACCCAACAAAAAUGAAAUCGAGUAAACAAAUAAAUUCGUCAAACCCGCGCUGUUUUGUCCUCACAGUGACGUUUUUCUCAGAUUUACUUGCAAUUCUGAGGUUAAGGAACCGUGACCUGAAAGCUACCUACUGAUUUUUCAUUUCAGCCUCUAAAAAUCCUGGGAAGGUUGCCGUUACCGUGGGUUCUCUAGACGGUUCGUGGAACUCGCCCGAUAAAACGGAAUUCGAAUACCAUCCGAAUAUUAUUCAAGACCUCCAAGAACUGAUUAGUAAAAUGCCUCACACAAAGAGAAACAUACCACUGGACAACCAGACAUUAAAUCCUUCCCGUUCAGCAAGAACAGGUCAGAAUCUCUGUUUGUUCCUUAACUUGUGUACAGCAUAUGCCAUCUUACUUUGUGACGACAAUCAUUUGAUUAACAUCUAGAAGUCGAUUAAGUUAGAUACGCCACUGUAAAAAUUUUCGGAAGCUGGCGUUUGGAGUUGUAGCCCUUCUUCGCAGUAAAGUGGAGGAUUAUGGGUUGUGAACACGUGGCUCUAGCUUCAGAACUUUUAAGGACAGAAGGUACUUUACAAUGUUAAUGGCGUUUUCAGCGUGUCAUGUGAUUGGCUAAGAAGUUUGAUCCUGAACAAUUGCCAUGUUUGCAUAAAUUUUUUUAUUAUUUUGAUAGUGUGCAGUCCGUCUUCCCUCUCUUCUAUGGUGGAUAGACCAUUGAUGGCAGAUGCGAGCGAGGACAUAUUGUCACUGAAAGCUCUACAGUGUAUACUAUUCGCAGCGGCUGCAACAAAUGAUCGCGAAUGUAUUGAAGUAAUCUUCAGUACUUCAGCUGGAGAAGCAGUCUUUCAAACGUACAGGAACAGCUCCAUCUUGCCAGAAGACAUUGCCAGAGCUAGGGGACAUCAAAACUUAGCAGAAUACCUUCAAAAUGUUCACAAAAGGUGUUGAUUCUAUUAGUUAUACGUGGGUAAAAUCUGCAUUCAAGACUGAGCAACAUGAGUGCCAAAUUGUAUCCCGGUUUCCUUACAAGGGAUUGAUUGAAGAUUUUGCUGCUCCAGCAGGUAACCCUUAGGUGUUCCCUCGGGAUCUCCUUGAGUUAGGUCGUGCCAAUACAUACCUCUGGGUGGACAGAGGCACUGUGCAGUUUACUUCCCAAGAGUAUUACACAUCAACCCGGGAAGGUUUCAAACUUGAACCUUUCAUUCUGGAGUCCGUGGCGGAAGGGUUGUCCAAUAUAAACGACUAGAUUUUCGCCGUGCAACUCCCUUAGUCCAUGGGAAUACCGUAAGUCUAGGGGUGAAAAUAUAAAACAACUGUCCAAAAUGUCAUUGUAAGUGGUCAAAGUAUUUUAGAGCGCUGAUUAUUUGUUGAGGAAUGAUUUGAAUUGAUUUCAUCCUUGGUAAUUUGGGUUGAAGUGGCUGCAUUACUGAAUUAAUUUCUUGUCGCGUCGCAGGUUGUCAGAAGAAAUCGUUUGUAAUGUUCAGACUGUAACUAUUGAUUGGGUAGAACUCAAGCGUGCGACUGCCAGGAAGGAUAUCUGCUGUAAGUAUUUUAGGGCGCUGAUUAUUUUAUUUUACUCGCGUCAGCUGUUUCGUAUGCUUUUGUUUGUUUUUUUUUUUAGGGCAAUAAUGUUUGGGACCUCUCGCUGAGAGUACACAAUACGAUGGCUGUUUUCCCUAUUUCGUCAUAUGUUUCAAAAGAUUCGUCAGUUUUGAUUGUGAUGUGGUUUUUAUAAUUUGUUUCAAAUUAUAUCCAAUUCAAACUAAAUUGUUCCCAAGAGUUUUACUUUGGCUAAAAAGUAAGUUUAUUGUACCAUUGCACUUGAGAUUUUAACUAAUGUUUUCUGUAAUUUUUUUGAAAUAUUUCGAAUUAUCACCUAAACUUUACUCACUUUUUGAGUCAAGAGUCAGUUGGCCUGAAAUGCCGAUUUUUAACUCGUAAACUUCGCGCAUGCGCAAGAGCGAGUUGUAGUUAUGAUAUGGAGAAUGGCACUCGCUCGCUCGCUCGAUUGGUCGAUUCCUGUAAACUUUUUUUCUAUUUUAGGCUUUGAGCGCAUUUGAUAGUUUUUGGCGAGUAAUAAACAAACGAAAUGGCGACCUUUGUUGCUAAGAAUAGUGGUGCGGUAAAAAAGAAGGCAAUGACAAUCUUAAAAGAGUUUUUUUUUUCGUUUUAAUUUAAACAAGCGGCGCUAGCGACUGGCAGGCGUGCGAGGAUUCACACUGAAAUAAAAGAACAACCUUCGUUUUUCAUAAAAUUGUAAUUUACAAUCCUUGAACUUGAAAACAAUCCGAAGAUUCAUUAGAAAUAUCACUUACUCCGAAGCGCUCGGAGUUUGUAGGUGUUCAAAAGCUUUUUCUGUUAUGGCAUGAGAUUGGGGACAAAAUCGAUCAUUACAUUUCGAAUCGUGUGUUUUUUUCUGUGUGAAGCCACUAAAGGUGCCGGCGACUGACGAAAUUACAGGUUAACACGAAAAUCAAAUAACACCUAAACAAAUAAUUUUGGCUACCGAUUUUCGCUGAAUUUUUAAAGAACAACUUUCUUUUAACUUUCAAGACGAUUUGAAUAUUCAAAAUAAAUAUUACGUACUAAAAUGUGAAAGUUGUACACCACGAAAUUGAUAAAUAGGCCUGAAAUGAAAUUCUAUCUUGUUCUUGAUUAUACGUUGCCUAGCACGUGACCAAAAUCUACCCAUGCGGAAAUCCAAAAUGAAGGUGGCAGUCUGGGCUUAGCCAUAUCACUCAAAACUCGUUCCCGUUUGUCUCAUUUGAUGAAGAGGGAAUCAUUAAUGUUUCCAUUUAGACAGUAUUGCGUUGAUUUUUCAGUAUUUACAAUGAUAGACUUUUCACCCACAUUUACUUCCAACCUUUUCUUUUGAACCAGAAACAAAAAUGGUAUAUGUUUAAAACAUAUAACAUCAUCCACUCCUGUCAGAUGUAAUAGCAUGAUCAUUUCAAUUGUAAUGCCUUCUUAUCCCAAUGUUACUUUGUUUCUUUGCUACAUUAGCAAACACUGAACUACUGCUCGUACUCUAAAUAUGACAAUCAACCACAAAAUUCCCUAAACCAGAUGACUUUAAACAUAAUCCAAAAAAUCAUGUAAGGCAUCAGUUAAUUCACGAGUUUGUUCACAGAG